AAAAACCUUUGUCGCUUGUCUACUGCCAAAUAUCUCAAGAAAAAGCCUAGAAUUUUUGUCUUUGGUUAAUCAAAUUUGAAUGAAAGCAUGGAUUAUACCGUAUAAAGAUGAAAUUAUCAUUUCAAUCGACUGACGUAAAAACGAAUUGUCCAGUUUGAAUUUAUUUUCGAGCAGCAUGAAUCGCGUCAUUCAAAUUCGGUUUUAAUUGACAUUGGCCUAGCAGGCAGGGAGCUGUAAGAUUAAACAACAAAACGACUAUGGGGAGUAUUGGAUUACCCCACGAUAAAUGAAAGUAAUUAUUAAGGUUUAACAAACUCUUAAAGCCGUAUAUUUCUUCGUUGUAUCGGCGUCCGUAUAUGAAACGAAAUAACGAAUCGGCCCGUGGUGCAUGGACUUUAAGUGUUACAUAAACGAUAUAUCUUCACCCUUAAUUGUGUUUUAAUAACUCAAAAUUCCUUCCACAUCCCCGCUGAGUGAAUUGCACAAACUAAACAAUUAAUAUAUACAGCGCUCAUUUCACGCCAGAAUGGCAAAAAUCAAAAGCCAGUGAACAGAUUCUUCAUGCAGAUAUGCAGUUGUGUAGAUGUUUAAAUCAUACUAUAUCUUUCCUAGUUGAUAGAAUUUAUCGGCUUAUAUAGUCAUAUGUAUAGCGUUUGUCGACAGGAUAUACUCAGUCAAAUCUGCAUAACAGUGACAGGUAGUGGGUUGAAUUAAAUCAAUUCAUUCAUUUGUGUGCUAAUUGAAAAUCGAUAUUUCAAUUCAUUAACAGUGUGUAAAGUUUGCAUGUAUCGGAUAUAUUUAAAUCGACAAACAGAACUAGAGAGGCUUGUUUGGUGUAAAUAUAAAGGCAGAACCGACUAACCGACCAGCUGCUAUAUCCAUGCACCGGAGUUAUAAUUUUAUAAAUACGAACAAAUUGGAAGAUAUUAAAAUAUUGUACGUACAAAACUUGAGUCUGAUUUGCAUACAAAAAGUAAAUACACAAAUAACCAUUUAUACUUAUAGAGUCGAGGUCAAAAUGUUCUCGUGUCUUUCAGCUAUAUAAAAGUUUGCUUGAUAUUUUGUUCUAUAUGUUUGAAUUAUAAGUUCCUAUUUAAACAUCGCUUAACAUAAAGUCAUUUACUAAUCCCGCUUUUGUGAAGAAAUUCACGUAAUGUAUAUCAUUAAAGCAUUUCGUUUUAUCGGCUUUGGACAAUGGAAAAUGAAUUGGUUAUUUGUCGUGCAGUCUCGUUUCCGAGGUCUCGGCUCGCUGAUUGGCUAACGAGCUCGCCUCGCAGCGAUAAAAAGAGCAUUGCGUAUCACCCGUGCUAGUUCAUCAGUUUGCCGAGUUUUCCUAAAGACCGGACGAGUGAAUUACACCGGGAGCGAAAUGAAUUGCACGACAACCAUUUUUAAAGAAUCCAACCUAAGUGGACAAUUUAUGGACAAUUUAACAAAUUGUAAGAGACGCAGAAAACGCAAAUCCACCAGUGGCGGAAUACGAGAGCCAGUCGUUCAAAGACAUGCAGCGAAUAUGAGAGAGAGAAAACGUAUGCAGAGUAUCAACGAGGCAUUCGAGGGCCUUCGUCAUCAUAUUCCCACAUUACCCUACGAGAAGAGACUCUCGAAAGUGGACACUUUACGUUUAGCUAUUGGAUAUAUCGGUUUUCUCUCCGAUAUCAUAAACUCUGAUGUUCGACACAAUGAGAAACUAUGCAGCCGACCUCGGAUCGAAAAACAGAAGAAAAUUAUGAUUCGUCAUCAAGGUUUAGAUGUACCGAAUGAAUACGGACUACCACCUUUACGGGGACAUUCGCUAUCGUGGACAGACAAAUCAAAAUCCAGGCAAAACACGAUCAUGACUGCGAAAGUGUGGACACCCGAAGACCCGAGACGAAAUAACACUUGUUCUGCUUCGUUUCAAAUUGAAUAUUAAUGCUUUCUAGCGAU